AUGACCCUAACUCUGACCCAUGGGCAACCCAGGGGGGACGGUAGGAGGCUGGGCUCUGGGACCGGGGCCAGGGGGAAUGGGAGUGUUGAGUCUCUGGAGGAAGGAGGGCACAGCGAAGCACCUCCUGCUCAUCUAUCCUUUGGAAUUUCAGCGCAGGGUGCUGAGCAGGCAGAGCAGUGGAACUCUGCGUCUGAGAGAGAUCUCCCCAGUCCCAGCAGACACAGGGUGAGGCGCGCACGGCCCAGACAGAGUGAGAGCCAGUCAGACAGGCAGGUGAAGGAAGCCAAGUCUAAAUGUAAACGCAUUGCUUUGCUGUUGACCGAUGCACCAAAUCCGAGAAACAGAGGGGUGUUAAUGUUCAAGAAGCGUCGGCAAAGGGUUAAGAAGUAUACACUUGUCAGCUACGGGACAGGUCAGCACCAGUUUGACGACCAAAGCGGCAAAGACGAAGACAGUGAAUACGGCAAAACGGUCAGGUUUACUUUGGCCACGAAUGAUUAUUCAGAACUUGAUGAAGACUACACAGUGAAUGUACGAGACCGAGACGUCAAUUUAAACUGGGAGAACCUUGGAAUAGCCAACAUAUUUCACCACCUGGAAGAGAUGGAGCAACUGCCAGAGACAAAAGGCAAGGGCGUGGCAAUGUUUGUGCAGCGCCGCCAGAGGAUGGAUGAGAUUGCCCUAGAGCACGAGGAAAUGAGGCGCAAAGGCUUACCCGUGAAAGGUAUCGUAGAGCUUGAAGACACAGAAAUGUACAAGUCUUACAAAACAGAUGAAACUUAUGUGCAAUCCAAUCAAAUUCAAUACCGUGAAAGGCAUGCUGAUCAGAUCUACAUGGAUGGCCAUGGCAAUCAACAUCUGCAGUACAAAGAAAACCAACAGGAGAUGCAACAAUAUGCUCACGUGAUGAAUAGUAUGCCCAACCUCCUAGCUAGUGCCAUACCAAAGCCUCUUGUGCCCAACAGAACAGCUAAGCCCUUCUUGGGAUCCCAAAACAGAGUGCCUGUCCCAUUUUCUCCUCUUAGUGGUGUCACUAGCCCAGUGAAGCAUCAUGAACUCAAAUUCAAGGUAUCAGUCCCUAUACACACAGUUCCACAGGUCUGGUCCCCAACUGGGGACUUCAUAGCUUCGCGUGACGAACGCAUAUCUGUACCAGCAAUCAAGACGGGCAUCCUACCAGACUCAAAAAGAAGAGGUGCUAAUAGAGCGGCCUCUGAUCAACCCUCCAACGCCUAUAUUCAAAACAGAGGGGAAAGAAGACCAUAUAUUGAGUCAGGCGAAGAGGAAGACUACUUUAGUCUUGGUGCUGAGGCAUGCAACUUUAUGCAACCCCGAACAGUCAAGCACAAGAAUCCCCCACCUGUUGCCCCAAAGCCUAGCAUUAAUCCAGUCUGUCCACCAUGGUUGAAGGAGAGUCCCUCGAAUGUGCUACUUCACCUGGCAAGGAGUCCAAUCCCGGCAUAUUUCCCAAAUCCAGUGGGGUCUCCUCCUCAGCAAUACUUCAAACAACAAGACUGGCAUUCGCCUCAGCAAACGGCGAACCCCCGGGAACCACCCCAAACUCAGUCACGACCACAGCCACCCAUGAACACCGGGGCACCAGCCAACUCAACAUCACCCUCUCAACUUCAUCCAACCAUGAAUAGCUGGAGUCCACAGCCACCGCGGUCCCCAGUGAGUAUUCAGGCCCCGAACCCAACUCACACGGCACCUCGCCAACCCACAGUCUCAAAGAAUAAGUCCCCAAAUCCUUCGGUGGCAUCUUGCCCACCCCAACGAGGGAGCUCUUACAGCCACGCAGCCAAGGCACCACCUACUUCUUCAAUGGGUCACAUCUCUGAGGGCCAUGUUAGUCCAGCCAUAAAUGGUCCAACUCUGAGGGGAAGAGGUGCCGAACUCUUUGCCAAGAGGCAGACCCGUAUGGAGAAGUUUGUGGUGGAUGCCGAAACAGUUCAGGCCAACAAAGCAAAGUGUCCUUCCCCCACCGCCUCCCUUCCAGGUGCUUGGAGAUAUUCUUCCAACAUCCGAGCCCCACCUCCUUUGUCAUACAAUCCCCUUCAUGCUCCUUUCUACCCCCAUGCAGCAGCUAAACAGCCCUAUUCAACAAGUCCAAAAAUCAAACCAAAGACCACUGUGAAAACCAAACCACAACCCUCCAAGCACCUGGAUGCCCUAGAUGUCAUGAAACAUCAGCCCUAUCAGCUGGACUCAUCACUCUUUAGAUAUAACGUAGGCACUGAGGCUGAAGGCCUUAGCCCUAGCCUCAAAAUGGCCCCCAUCCCAACCUCUGAGUCAAACCCAACCUUGAGCCCUAAACCUGCCCCUGUUGUCAGCCCUAGACCUGCCUUUACCAUUUCUCCUUACUCUUACCCUGGCCAUGACCUUCCCCCGGCAAAACAACAAAGCAAGCCCAUAGCUCCUGCUAAGUCUACUAGAUCGGGACUUGGCAGAAGCUACUCUCUGUCCCUACCCAGACGGAUGUGCUCCAUGUCCUACAUGUCCUCGCAGUCAUCUAUGUCCCCUGUGACCACCCCUGUGUUCCAUCCAUCUCUCGGGAGGCAGACCUCCUGGCAGGAAAAAGCUUCCCUCAAGCCCCCCAGCCCUUGGGAGGCUGCCUCCCGGAGCCCUCUGGGCCUGGUGGACGAUGCCUUCCGAUUCCAGAACUUCCCUCAGUCCAUCACCACUAACGUCAACUCCGCCGCCAACCGACGAUCUCUUCCAGAACCUCCGGACGAAUGGAAGCGCAAGGUGUCGUUGGAUGCCCCCAGUGUCAGUGGAGGUUACUAUUAUGCUCCACCACCAGCCAUGCAUACUAGGUCUAUGAGCAUGACCUCUGCCCCUGUCUAUGGGCCUCCCUUCAGACAGGCCCAGCCUCUGUGGUCAGCGAUGAGUGCUAGCGCUGGACAUAUGGGUCGAGGCCCGGGCCACCCGAGUCAGUCCCUCUACGCUAGUUUGCCACGCACAGCUAUGAGAAGGUAAUCUCCUCAGCUAGAAUUCAAACAUAUAAACAGUGCACUUGUAAGAACAAACGUAGAAAAUAUAAUUGGAUGUACAGAUGUAAACAAUAGGGCCAGCAUAUUAUAAUUAACAAUUUGAUCAAGGUAGUGUUUAUUUUUUAAGACAAAUGUUUGGAUUCAAUGAGGAAAUACUGACCCAGAUAGUGAUAACGGUCUACAGCAGCAUGAUAGGGUGAAUUACACGUUUGAAGAUGGAUUCUGCAGAGAAACGGCGCCACUGUUUGCCCCACCACCAUUGUUCUUGUUUUCAGUUGAGGAGCGUGUCACAGCGUGAAAAAAAAACAUUUGUAUUAUUAAUUCUGCUGUUCU